UUAUUUUUUUUCAAUCAUGGGUCGGCAAUGCAAUAACAACCCCACCCCCUCACACACCACCUUAUAAAUAACCCUUCAUCAAUUCUCACUUUACAUAUAUCAUUCAUAUAAACACAUAUACAUAUUAUAAUAAUAAUAAUCAUUGAAGAUGGAAGGUGUGGCGAGCAUGGUGGCUGAGAAGCCAGUGGUGAUAUUCAGCAAGAGCACGUGUUGCUUGAGUCACUCCAUGAAAUCACUGAUAAGAAGCUUUGGUGCAAAUGCAACUGUUUAUGAGCUUGAUGAGAUCUCAAAUGGAGAGCAGAUUGAGAAUGAGUUGAUCCGAAUGGGGUGCCAGCCAAGUGUGCCAGCUGUGUUCAUAGGCCAACAAUUCAUUGGUGGUUCUAAGAGAAUCAUGAGCCUCCAUGUCAGGAAUGAGUUAGUUCCAUUGCUCAAAGAUGCUAAGGCUAUUUGGAUUUGAUCAUCAACGUAACCAAAAUUAAAUCACUACUACUACUAUAGUCUAUAAUAUAAGGAUAUAUAGUUACAUAUGCAUAUAUGUAUUUCUAUGUUACGUACUCUUGCUAUGUAUAUCUAGUUAAUUAAUUAGUGAGCAACAUUAGCUAUAUGAUUAAUAUUAUAUAUAUAUAUAGUACUAUGAAUGCAUGAGUGAUAUAUAAUAUCACUUAUUAUGAGUAGUUACCAUGCACUACUUAUAUUAUGGAUACUUUAAUUUCAACAUAAUGAAAAUUUGGCGCGUUAUUGCUA